AGCAGUCGCGUUGGUGCCUUAAAACUUCAGCCCGGCGUAAGGCAGACAAUUUCACAUCCGUGUACCAGCCGAUUGAACCUCCCAAGACAUCAACUCAAAACCCACGGUCUGCUACCCAGGACCACCAUCUAGCCAACAUGACGACGCGACAAGCCGCUCUGUCGCUAUACCGUCGCUCAUUGAAGCUUGCGCUGGACUGGGCCGUCCACCGUCACCUAUGGCGAGGCCAGGCGCUCUACAUCCGAUCCCUAUUUGAGGCCAACAGGAAGGUCACCGACCCUCGACAACAGAGAGCUCUGUUAGCGGAGACGGAAAAGUUGCUCGAAAGCUGGAAGCACCCCGACCCAUACGUUCCGCCAUGCGCUCCCGGAGGAUCCAAAUUUGAGCGAAACCUGCCUUCUCCGAUUUUAGACCCCCCUCCUCACAGCGCAGGCCAUCACCAUUGAGGGCUGCGAGUGCGACAAAAUUAGAUUCCGAGUAUAUAGCAAAAAAAACAAUACAUUUCUUCAAAAGUUCAUGCACAU